GCAUGAUGGACGGGCCCGUGCAGCUGGACUUGUCGGAAGAAGGGUACGCGACCGUGCCCGAAUCCAUUCCCAUCGACAUCUACUCGAUCUCGCUCGCGUCCAACCGCAUCCAUGCGCUCCACGGCCUCGGGCGCCUCGUGCACCUCCAGCAGGUCGAUCUCUCGUGCAACAAGCUCACGCACCUCGCGGGCAUCGAGUCGCUUCAGCUACUCUCGACGCUCAACCUUUCUCGCAACAACCUUUCGUCGCUUUCGGGGCUCGACCAGAUGAGUUCGCUGCAAUACAUCAACGUGUCGGACAACAACCUGACCGAUAUCGAUGGCCUCACGUGUCAUACGGGCCUUGUCUAUGUGAAUGCGUCGGUCAACCACAUUGCCACGUGGCCGAGUCUCCGUCACCUCGGCUACCUCGAGACGCUUAACCUCAACGACAACCAACUAAGUGUGACGCGAACGCUGCACAUGAGCCUCCCGACGAGCCUGCGCCAGCUCAAGCUUGCUUUCAACCAAAUCGACCACCUCGGGUGCUUCGACUCGUGCGCUGGCAAGUACAGUCAACUGCACUCGAUCGACCUGGCUGGCAACCGCUGCGUACUGCACAACCCGACCGCCGCAGCGUUUCUAAGUGACAUCUUUCCCGCAUUGCGGCUCCUGGAUGGACUUGCACGCAGCCCCGACCCGCCGCCGACCAACACCGAGAGCUCGGACGUGUCGGACCGUACUGUCAAGCUGCAGCUGUGGAAACAGAUGCUCCAGGACCGUCGCGACCAAGACGACCGGGACCGCGCACGGCUCCGCGCCGAUGCAUACCACGAGGAGCCUUCGCUUCCGCCACCACGGCCCAUCGAGCGCACCGAGCCGAGCCCACCGUCCGAGACAUUGUCGCUACCCAAGUACUCGUACGCAAGCGAAGUGCCGAUGGACGAACCGGCACUCGUUCAAACCAGCGUCUUUGUGACACCCCUCGACGACGCGCCGCUGCAACAGCAAGUGCAGACGCUCCACGACCACGUGCGUACGCUUCGCAAGUACGCCAAAGUACGCAUCUGGCGUAUCAUGGACAGAUUGUCUACCGCGAAUUAG